UGAGAUCUCUUGAACAACUUUCGCAACGUAUGGGUUUAGUGUUACAAAACCAAUUAGGGAAUAAUGGUGGAGAGGACCCACAAGCUGCUAUGGCAAAGAAGUUAGCAACCCUUAAACCUCCAAUCUUUGUAGGAAAGGAAGACCCCUUACUCUUAGAGAACUGGCUAAGAGACUUUGAUAAGUUAUUCACUGCUACUGGGACACCUGAAGCUCAAAAAGUAGACCAAGCUACCUUUUAUUUGAGGGAGGAUGCAGACACUUGGUGGGAGAGUCAAGGACCUAUUGUUAGAGCUCAGGAAAACUUUAAUUGGAAUGCUUUUAAGGUUGCUAUUAAGGAUAGAUUUUUCCCUGAACAUAUUAGGAGGCAGAAAUACAAUGAGUUCACUAGAUUUAACCAGGGAGGUACUAUGUCUGUGCAAGAGUAUGCCCAAAAGUUCAAUGAGUUAGCUAGAUUUUGCCCUAAUGUUGUGCCAGAUGAGAGAGCUAAGGCUCAAAAGUUUGAGGAUGGUUUAGCAUUUAGAAUUCAGACCAGACCUAGUUCAUUUGUUGAAAAGUUAGGUCUAAAACCCUCAAUCUUGUGUCAAACUUUCAUUACAAUACCUUCAGGAGAAGUAGUUCCUUGUAGUUCUCUAUACCAAGACAUACCCAUUACCAUAUUAGGAUCUGAUUUGCCGGCUGAUCUUAUUCAGUUUGACCUACCCGACUUUGAUGUAAUAUUGGGAAUGGAUUGGCUUGCUAAGUAUAGAGCUAGGAUAGAGUGUCAUACUCAAAAGGUGUCUCUUAGGGGGCCAAAGGGAAAUAGAAUAUCCUAUCAAGGAAUUGUUUCUAAACCUGGAGUCAGUAUUGUGUCAGCCAUGUCAUUCAAAACCUAUAUUAGGAAGGGCUACCCAUAUAUUUGUGCCAUGUGA